AUGAGUGACUCGGCGCCGCAUCUUCAUUUGAUUCGCACGUACAAGUCGCCGCCCGAGUGUGGGGGAAGCUGCCUUGCGGGAGCGUUCAGCGCGGUCGAGUGUCUGCCGGCGGGCUCCCUCGACGGCGGCCGACGCAGUUCUACUUACCGAACAAUGACUACAAAACCAUGCUUUUCGUCUGGAUGUCGGCUGGUAACAGAAAACCUCUCUUCUAUGGGUAACUAUGGCAAAGAGAAGCCGUCCACUAGUUCAAAAGGAUUUGAAAUGCCGACGGAGCCUUUACCGAAGUUUGUGGGAAACAACCCCGAUUCUUCUGCCGUCGGUACAGGACUGUCUUCACCGUCCCGAUCGCGACAGCCAUUUUCGUAUUGGGUGCAUGCAUCGCCCUCUUCAGGGAAAUCCACUCAUCAACAGCACAGCCCGCCAAGAAGCCCAAAACUCUUACCGUUCCUGCGACAAACUCCACGCCCGGGUCGAAAUCAGUUUACAGAGCUUCCAUCUUCCUAUCCUGUCACGUUCCCUGUUUACGCAGGUCGAGCAUCCAUCAGCAGAGAAUUUUUUUCAUCUGAUUCCACUGCCAAGUCAAGUGAAGAGUCGUCUCAUGAGUUGAAUGCGUCACGAACAGACAUAGCAACUAAUGUUUACGAACACCCGUCGCCGAUUUCAAUUUCCCCACCAGAAGGUGGGGAUUAUACACUCCCAGUAAAACAAACAAACAAGCCGCCGUUAAGUAUUCCCCAGUAUAUAGCAUUUGAUAUUAAGCCUGAGAAUAACAUAUCAACGAGGAACAUGUCCAAUAAAUUGACGAGUGUAAAUUUAAUAAAUGGUACAUCAAGAGGUAACCCGCCAAGGAAUUUUGGACUUUCGCGAUUGUUUAGAGCAAACUAUCUUGGUCCAAAAUUGCCUCUGGAGCUUCAACCUCGAGAAAAGCUUACGGGAGAAGGGGAAGAAGGGAAUGUUCUAAACAAAAAUCAUCGAAAUGAGGAUCAACAGAAAGAAGCCAGUAAGCUUGAUCCUACAGUUUCUACUACUAUGCCCAGUCCGUUUCUUCGGCGGAGCGGGAACACUCAAGAGAAUAUCAAAAUGAAACGUUUCAAAGGUACAGGACAUCGGUGGGUGUGGGGCAAGUCCGGCCGGAGCACCACCACUGCACCGCAGCUCACUACAGACUCCCGCCUCGACACUCGAGUGGCUGACACUUACGCUCUUCCACAUAAGGUUCCAGAGCGCCACUUUCCAGUAGCGUAUGGCGGAGAUAAAAAUUUCGUCCACCAUCCGCAGCAUGUUCUGGCAUCUCCAGAUGAAGAAUAUAAUUCUGUCGAAGGCGAAGACUCGCCCUUCUUACAGGAUACUCAAGCGAGUUUUACAAACGAACCAAACUAUAAUCAAAUGCUAUCCAAUAGGGACGCCAUAGACCGUGAUUACACUCACGUUUAUCACCCAACCUCUUCCUAUAGCUAUAUACAACCAGACCACCAUAACUACCACAAUGAACCAGUCAAUCACAACUACCACAGUCACCCAGACGACCACAGCUACCACAGUCACCCGGACGACCACAGCUCCCACAGUCACCCAGAGGCCCACAACUACCACAGGAAGGAGAAGCCUCAUCAUCCAAUCGAAACGAAGUUCAGCCUGACCUUCCCCAUAAACAAAACGAUGUCCGUCAGAUGGUAUAAAGCCCUGACGAUGAACGCCUCCUUUACUGACAUACAUAACCCUUUCAAACCGUUUCUACAGUUCGGAUUUUCUUCUGGAAUGGAGCCGGUGUAUCACCCUCACACAGGCUACAAUACCCUUCACGGACACCACACUCCCCCGUAUAAACGCCUGAUCGAUAUCUCCUCAGGCGACACACCUGGUGAUCGGCAUGUUUCUGAAAAUCCGCAAGACAGCUCCUUCGACAUCUUCAAUAUUUUGCCAAAGAUAGGAUUAAGUUUUGCGCGGGGAAGGGAAAGAGUCGCGUCUGCUUUCGAUCCUUUCGGGAGCAUAAUGAGAGGGUGGGAUUCCUUAAAGAACCUUUUCGGAGCGUCUGACGAAACUGGCGAAGAGGUGAGCGAAACUCCAUAUGCACCUGAAUAUAUCCCCACGACAGAAGACCAGCCAAGUGAAACUUACUUGCAGUCUAACGAUGUUCACGACCCAUACAUCGGGCCAUAUACAAAGAAGCCCUCCUUACAAUUCUACGAAACGUCAGUAGAUGACCAAUUGCCCAUCCAUAUGGGGAAGUACAAGCCACCUGCAAUAUAUAUACCAGUCGAUGGAAUGUACGACUCUUCUGCAGCAACCCUCUUUAAGACAAAAGAACCGUACAGCUCGACGGCCAGAAUGCACACAACCCACACAGAUGCAUACGCUGUGCCACAGGGAACGCCUUUUCCAUCUGCAGGGAUGAACUCAGCUAUGACGAGAUUAAAUACAGGACUUCCGAGUUAUGAUCGGGUGACUCACGCAGGAAUUUUUUGGCCUCAUGGAGUGGGCAGCGGAGGGGGUGGUGACCCCUUCCACGUGGUCAAAGCGCCAAACAUUUCACAGUCAACCCGAAAUAAGUAGAAGCUGCCCAGUAUUUCAUAAACUGGGUCCAUUGCUUUUAUCACUGAUUUCAGUGGUACGAAAUAUAUCGGUCUGAUUUGUGCGUUAUUUGCCACAUUAUGCGAUGCAGCUAUGGAAAUCAAGCUACAGUUUACGGAGUGCUGGUUCACCAAAUAUUCAAAAUUCUCAGUGAUAAGAGUUUCAUGACACAAACCACGAAUCAUGUCAUGAAACUACAGCUCUGACGUGGGAAGUGUACAUGGUUGCAUCUCCCAUCUGAAGACCACUAAAUAUCAAAAUAAAAAAAUGUAUCUUCAAGUUGUUAGUACCUGAGACAUGAAAAUAUUUUUUUCCCUUAUUUGAUAUUUUGUAUACUUCCAAAACAUUUAAUCUCUUAUUCAAUUUUAUGGUUUCAAGAAAAUUGCU